UUGCUAUUAAGAAAGGGCCUGACCCUGCCUCUGUGGUCAGCAGGCCAAAUCACUUCAGCUUAGGAGGAAAGGCCUGUCCCAGCAGAUAUUGGUCCCCACAUACUCCCAGAGGACACAGCUCCUGAAAGGUUCCUACCUUCUUAACAAGGGUAAGGAAGCUUGAACUGAGGCUCAGAGGUAGGGACUUCCUUUCCUCUGCUGGGACUCAGACUUUGGGUAAGUCCUUUCCCUACUACAACCCUCAGCUUCUCUGCCUAGAAGUUUAUCAGGCUGGUCUCUGAGGCUUCUGCUGGGGCCCCUACCUACCUGUUAUGUAAAUCUGCCCAGGGAGAGAUUUCACUUGUGGAUCUGCACCCUUACAAAAGGAACAAGUAGCAAGCUGUUUGUCACACCUGGGCCUGCCACCAACCCCCGUGGGCUGGGAACCUUCAGGAAGAGCUGCAAAGUCACUUCUUUGUGCUCAGCCUAUUCCAAGGUCAAGGGGCCUGCGUCUCUAUCCUUUGUUGCUUAGCUGUUAGGCUAUAAUUUCUCUCAGGGAAUAUUUAUAUUAUGUGAUCUCUUUUACUGUUUAAGAAAGCAGGGAUGGACUCAUUAUUGAACAAGAGACUUUUGCAGGGGAGGUCUUGUGUCAAAAAAAAAGAGUUUUAUUUUUAAUAAUGUGUGAUUGUGUGUGUGUGUAUUUAUGUACUCAUGCAGUCUGGAGGCAUUAAAUACCCCUGAAGGGCUGGAGUUCCUUGUGAGCCAGCUGGUGUGCUGGGAAUCAAAUUUAGGUCUUCUGUAAAAGCAGUACGGCUCCUAACCACUGGGCCAUCUCCCCAGCCCUGGGUAAUAGGCUGUUGUGGAAAGCUGUGGGUUUCUGUGGUAAUUGGUUUCUUGUUAACUGCAGGUUACUGCAUUCAUACAAGGAGCAUGGCAUGACCCGGGUUGGACUGUUGGGUUGGUUGGUUUAUAUGUGCCUCUAGGGAUCAAGGCCAGGCUCUUGCACAUGCUGCACUGAUUCUCUGCCACUCUACAAAUGGGUAAACUGAGCCUGCAGGCUGUGCCCUGGUGGCCCAUGUUCUAUAGCUAGUGCACUAGUGGAGCUGGGGUUACCUCACCUAAGACCAAGCUUCAUUUUUUUUUUCUCCUUGUCAUGGAAUGGGACAAGUCUUAACCAAGCAUGAUGUUGCUUCUCCUGCCUCCAUUUUCCAUGGGCACCAUGCUUAGUGUUGUCUCAGUGAGUGGCCAUGUCCUGGCAGUCUGAGCUGAGCAGGGGAAGUGCAAACAUUCUCUAAGGGAUCAGAGUGCACUGCAUGUGACAAACUAUGUUGCCUUGAACACCGUGUCCCCAUGGAGAAGGUCCCAGUCUUCCUAAGUGACUUAGGUAAUACAGGGAGGCUGAAGAGCCCUGGUCACCGUGCCUAUACUGCAGGGUGCAGCUGAACAGGCAUGUAGUUCCCGGGGAGCCCAAGCUUCUUGUGGUCUGGGAAGCUGUAGAAGAUGGGGCAUCUGCUCCUAGGGCAAGCAUCUGAGGAAAGAGUUGGGAUUCUAGGAAAAGGACUGCUGGGAGUCAAACCUGAGUCCUUUGGAAGAGUAACUACGGACUGAGAUGUCUCUCCAGCCCACAACUUUAUUAUUUGUUUGUAUGUUUGUUUGGUUUGGUUUUUUGAGACAGGGUUUCUCUGUGUAGUCCUGGCUGUCCUGGAACUCACUCUGUAGACCAGACUGGCUUCAAACUCAGAGGUCCACCUGCCAUGUGCCUCCUGAGUGCUGGGAUUAAAGGUUCAUACCACCACUGCCAGGCAAAAGGUAGGGCUUUGGAUUUUGUUUUGUUUAUUUUGUUAUUUAUUCUCUGUAUGUCCUAAAGAAAGGGGAACAUGGUGGCUGCAGAGUCAGGACUCAGCCAACUCCCAAGGUCAGGCUGAGAUGGUGCUGCAUUUUAUCUAGAGUCAACACAGCCUACUAGACAAGAAUAUAUAAUGGGGGUUAGCAGUCAGGACACAGCUGACAUCAGCACCAAGUUACUGGAGCGUUCCAGGUGUCCAAGUGUCAUCCAUAAGCAUGCUGGUGAAGCUAACUGUCUAGACUCAGGGAGGUGCCCCUCUGAUCCCUGCCCUAGUGGGAUGGUCUCCUUAGUGUACCCAAGCACCUGCAUUGUCCACAUGGUAACGCUUCUCUGGUGAGUUGUUUAAGAUAGGAUAUUUCUGUGUAGCUCUGACCAGCCUGGAACUUGCUGUAUAGACCAAGUUGACUUUGAACUACAGAGAUCUGCCUGCUUUGCUUCCCAAGUGCUGGGAUUAGAGGUGUGCACCACCAUGCCUGGCUGGCUUUAUUUAUUUAUUUAUUUACUUACUUACUUACUUACUUACUUACUUACUUACUUAUUUAUUUUUAGCUUGUGUGUAUGAGUGCUUCACCUGCAUGUAUGCCUGUCUUAUUAGGGUUUUUAUUGCAGCGAUGAAACAUCAUGGCCAAAAAGCAAGUUGGGGAGGAAGGGUUUUGCCAUUCAUCAUUGGAGGAGGUCAGGACAGGAACUCAAACAGGGCAGGAACCUGAAGGUAGGAGCUGACGCAUGCAUAGGCCGUGGAGGAGUGCUGCUUACUAGCUUGUUUUCCUUGGCUUGUUCGGGCUGCUCUUUUAUACCACCCAGGGCCACCUGCCCAGGACUGGUUCUACCCACAAUGGGCUAGGUUCUCUCACAUCAAUCACUAAUUAAGAGAACACCCACUUCCAGGGAUGAGGGUGGAGGGUUGGUUUUCAUGUCUUUAAUCCCAGCACUCAGGAGGCAGAGGCAGGUGGAUCUCUGUGAGUCUGAGGCCAGCCUGGUCUACAAAGCAAGUUCCAGGACAGCCCAGGAUACACGGAGUAACUGUGUCUUGAAAGAAACAAAAAAGAAAACACCCUACAGGCCUGCCUAUAGUCUGAUCAAAUUGAGCCAUUUUCUCAGUUGAUGCUCCCUCUUCUCCAGUGACUCUAGCUUGUGUCAAGUUAACAUAUAAUUAGACAGCUCAGUGUCUGUGCACCAUGUACAUGGACAUCUGCUGUCCACAGACACCAGAUGAGACUCCUGUCCCCAGGAGCUAGAGUUACAGAAGGUACGUGUGAGCCUUCAUAUGGCUUCUAGGAACCAACCCCAGGUCCUCUGCAAGAGCAGUCAGUGCUCUGAAUUGCUGAGACAUCUUUCCAGCCCCUUAUUUUACUUAUUUUGUUUUGUUUUCAGAUGGUCUUACUUUGUAGUCCUGGGUAUCCUGGAACUUGCUCUGUAGACCAGGCUAGCCUUGAACUCAGAGAUCUACCCGCCUCUGCUUCCCAAUUGCUGGGAUUAAAGGUUUCCACCACCACUGUCUGGCUCAUUUUUUAACUGUGUGUGUGUGUGUGUGUGUGUGUGCAUGUGUGCACAUGUGUGUGUGUGUGUGUGUGUGUGUGUGUGCACGUGUUUAGGUUUGUGCUUAGAAGCCAGAUAAGGAUGUCAGAUCCCCUGGCGCUGGAGUUACAGGUGCUUGUAGGCCAUUUGACAUGGGUGCUAGAAACCAAAUCUUGGUUCUCUGAAAGAGCAGCGUGUACUCGUAACCUCGGAGCUGCCCUCCGGGCUCCCAGCACCACUGCAGCCAACCCUUUCCACUGCACCCGCCCUGUGGAUUUUACAGUCCAUCAAUUCUUCAUGAUUUUGGGUAAACGUUCAGACUUGUACCACUGUCACCACGAUCCACUUAUGACCAGAAGUCACUUAGGCCUGUGACAUUAUUCCUCGUUUGCACCUCACUAUCUUAAGCCUCAGGCUAACACUCAUCUACUUCAAGUCUUUGUGGAGUUCGAAACCUUGCUAAAAACCGAACCCAGAUCUGCUCAUGCCAGACAAGUGCUUUACUGACAAACCGUAUCUCCAGCACUAUGGUCUUUUUUUUUUUCCUAAAAAAUCAGGAGACUUGCAAGAGAGCUCAGUUGUUAAGUGCUUGCUGCAUGAAGGCCUGAGUUCAAUUCCCAGCGCUCGUGAAAGAAAAACCUGGCACACCUGUAGUGCCUCCUGGGGAGCUGGAGACAAGGUGCUCCUGAGGAAUGAUACCCUAGGCUAACCUCUGGCCUGCACACAACAGCCACACCUGUUACUGUGCACACAUGAACAUACAUGCACACUGAACACACACUCACAAAUCAAAGAAUAUACAAGACUAUAAGUUCCCAAACCCAACCCAGAAGAUCCAGUGUUUAUAAUUCAGUAGUGUCUCUCCAAACACUCUUCAGCAUAACCAUUCAUUCAUAAUAAGCAGUCUCACAGCACUAUUCCGAUAAGAUUUAAUUAAAUAACCCUGGUUCUUAACACAGUUCAAAUGUCAGUGACUAUAAAGUUCAUCACCAAUAGCUGCAUAACAUGAACUUUGUAGUCAGCUCCUCCCCCACAGAUCUCGUGGAACAACAGGUUGCAUCUGAUGGGCAACCAGUCGUAACAUGCCCCCGCCUCCUGUGUCAGGGUCUGAUUAGUCACUGUAUUUGUUCAGGGACAGGCAGCGAAGCUUACUGUCACUAAAUGAAGAAAUCAGAUGAGCCAUGUAGCCUCUCACAAAGUAGAUUAUCAGAAGAGCAAGCAGAGACUCAAGUACGGCUCACCAUGGCCAAACAGCUGCAGGCUCGAAGGCUGGACGGGAUCGAUCACAACCCCUGGGUGGAGUUUAUCAAACUGUCAAGUGAGUAUGAUGCUGUGAACUUGGGCCAGGGCUUCCCUGACUUCUCACCUCCGGACUUUGCUGUGCAAGCUUUUCAGCAGGCCACCAGUGGGGACUUCAUGCUCAACCAGUACACCAUGGCAUUUGGCUACCCACCACUGACAAAGAUCCUGGCAAGUUUCUUUGGCAAGCUGCUGGGACAAGAGUUGGACCCACUCAAGAAUGUGCUGGUGACAGUGGGUGCCUACGGGGCCUUGUUCUCAGCCUUUCAGGCCCUGGUGGAUGAAGGAGAUGAGGUCAUCAUCAUAGAACCUGCUUUUGAUUGUUAUGAACCCAUGACACUGAUGGCUGGAGGUCACCCUGUGUUUGUGCCCCUCAGGCAGAGCCCUGCUCCUAAGGGACAACUAGAAUCCAGCAAUGACUGGCAACUGGACCCCACAGAACUGGCCAGCAAAUUCACACCUCGCACCAAGGCCCUGGUCCUCAACACACCUAACAACCCUUUGGGAAAGGUGUUCUCUAAGAUGGAGCUGGAGCUGGUGGCUGAUCUGUGCCAGCAGCAUGAUGUCCUGUGCAUCUCUGAUGAGGUCUACCAGUGGCUGGUCUAUGAUGGGCACCAGCACGUCAGCAUCGCCAGCCUCCCUGACAUGUGGGGACGGACCCUGACCAUCGGAAGUGCAGGCAAAACCUUCAGUGCUACGGGCUGGAAGGUGGGCUGGGUUAUGGGUCCAGAUCACAUCAUGAAGCACCUGCGGACUGUGCACCAGAACUCUAUCUUCCACUGCCCCACCCAGGCCCAGGCCGCAGUAGCCCAGUGCUUUGAGCGGGAGCAGCAACACUUCGGACAACCCAGCAGCUACUUUUUGCAGCUCCCACAGGCCAUGCAGUUAAACCGAGACCACAUGAUCCGUAGCCUGCAGUCUGUGGGCCUCAAGCCCUUAAUCCCCCAGGGCGGCUACUUCCUCAUUGUAGACAUCUCAGACUUCAAGAGCAAGAUGCCUGACCUGCCUGGAGCUGUGGAUGAGCCCUAUGACAGACGCUUUGUCAAGUGGAUGAUCAAAAACAAGGGCCUGGUGGCCAUCCCUGCCUCCAUCUUCUUCAGUCAACCUCAUCAGAAGGAAUUUGACCACUACGUCCGAUUUUGUUUUGUGAAGGAUGAGGCCACACUCCAGGCCAUGGAUGGGAGGCUGCAGAAGUGGAAAGGAGAGCCCCAGCCCUGAGGCCACCUUCAGCCCUGCCUCACACAUGGAGGCCUCAGCUGUGCCUCAUCAUAGGGAUGGCGAUGGAGGGCCCAGCUGUAUGACUGGGCAUGUUUCCAGGAAAGAGGGCAUUUAUUUGGGGGUUUCAGCAAUCUUUUCCCAUAGUGUCUGCACAGCUGUCUUGUGUUGGGGUCCUGUUCUGGGCCUUACGCUACUCAUCUGUGAGUUGUUGUGGCCCCACCGCCUGGAACAAUAAAGGAUAGAUAACAGCCCAACCCCAGGCCUCCCUAUCUUAGCCCUGUUGAGGCUCAUUAGCUUCGCUAACUAACUCUUCUCCUGUGACCUCGGGUGUUGCUUCUGAUUUGAUUGCUUUUGUUCCUAAUAAAGUUUUAAGUUAUUGGAACCCUAAA